CGCCGCCACGGAGGUACCACGCUCCGACUCGCACUCACAGCCCCCACCACUCGCAAGGCGCUCUCGCAGCAGCAGGGUGCGGUUCAGAGCCACUGGCUGGCACCUGAGGCUGCAGGUGACCCCGCUGCCGCCGGGUCCUGGGCAUGCUCGCCGGGGACGGGGAGGCUGUGCGGGCCCCGGACAGCGCUCGGCUGGCGUGCUCGGAGGGCGCUCCUCGCUCAUUUGCACGUGAAGGUGAACGCAAGGGCUCAGCCCGACGGUGCGUGUGUGUGUGUAUGUCGAGAGGCUCUGGUCCACGUUUCCUUGCACCAGCUGACUGGCCGGCCUAAAACAGCCUCCCGAUUUACCCCAGGGCGUCAACCUUCGUCGAGAGAAGCUAUUUUCAACCGUGCGGCGUAGUGGCGUAUGGGACAUUUCCCUGUGGCAGCGAGCGGACAAUGUGAACGACCUUGAUCUUCGUCUACUUACGUGUGUGCGUUUUGGCGUCGUCAUCGCGGACGUCGCAUGCGGCUGUGAAGGAAAGCCGAGGGCUUCUGAGGGAGAGCUCAGGCUCGCCAAAAGGCGUGCGAGCGGCCGGGUCGGAAGGCCGCGGCGUAUUAUUUGUAUUGUGCUAAGAGCUUCCUCCAAGGCCGCGGCGAUGCGUGCGCCGCAGCUUCAUCGAAAGCUCUGAGGGGCAGUUGCGAAUUCACUCUUGAUGUGCAUCAUAACGGUCCCGCAGAAGGAAGUGUCCGGAGGUGCAGGGAUGCAGCCGUGUGUGUGACCCUGAAGUGCGCGCGACCACUUGGUGUGCCUUGCCACUCCACGGCAGUGUGCUUUGGGUUUCUGAGUUGAGGAAGAGGUUGUGAGUUGAAGCGAGAGGAGGAGGAGGAAGUCGUAGCGCCGAGCACGACGCCUCCCCGAGGGAGGACGACUUACCGCAGGAGGAACGACGAGGAAGGCGAGCCAGCUGAUCGCGGCGCCGAGGCCGAAGGGCCCGAGCGAGACGCAAGAACCGGUGCGGUCAUGGCGGCGUGGUGGGCGGGGUGGGCGGCGCGGGCGGCGGCAGCGUAACGGGGAGCGGGUGGCGCGCCGCCCCGAAGUCUGGGGGCGCCGCUUCCGGACCCGGGUCGCCGCCUGCGAUGUCCAAAGGCCGCUCGCGGGGUUCAUCCACAGCGGCCUCCUCCACUGCCUCCACCCUCACCACCACCACCACGACGACGCUCUCCACCAACGCCCCUCCCGCUAUGAACGGUGAGCGGCGCGCGGGCGUCGAGGUGGUCGCGCCCCCAACCGGCGGGCCCCGUGCGCACCUCCAACACCUUCACCUCCAGCAUUAAGGGCCUCUUGCAGCAGCGCGAGGACCACGGCGGCGGCGGCGUCCUGUCGUCCAUCCGCCGCUCCCUGCCGCAGCGCCAGCGCUCCGCCUCGUCGCACGGCGAGGGGCGGCCCGGCCAGGAGGAGGGCGCGGGGGGCCGCCGCUCCCUGCCCCCCCUCCGCAUGGCCGGGGGCCCGUCGCCGCGCGGCCGCCGCACCAUGUCCAGCAUGUCGGCCAAGCGGCGGCCGGCGAUCCUCGAGGAGGACAAGGAGGCGCUGAACGGCGAGGAAGCGGCCCCUCCGCCCCCGCCCACGAGCGGCGUGGGCGGGCGCCGCCACUCGCCGCGGGCGAGACGCGCCCACAGCGUGCAGGAGGAGCGGCAGUCGCCCGCGCGCGAGCGUGUGCCCAAGCAGAACAGUGCGGAAGAGGCGGCGCUGGACGCGACGGAGCCGUCGCCGGUGCAGCCGCCUGGGGACGACGCGCGCCUCGAGGAGGACGCGUCGCUGGCCAAGGACGGCGAGGAGAGAACCCGAGAGGCGGGAACGCUUACAGAAAAAGAGAAAGUGGAGUGUGAAAGAGACGAGAAAGACAAGGACGAGCGCGAGGAGGACGAGCGCCGCCAUGUGGUCGAGGAGGAGGACGCCGAGGAGGCCGUGGACACGUCUCCCGACAGCCGCUUCCUCAAGUUCGACCACGAGAUCGGCCGCGGGUCCUUCAAGACGGUCUACAGGGGCCUCGACACCGACACCGGCGUCGACGUCGCCUGGUGCGAGCUGCUGGUGAGUACCCCUUCUCUUGGCCGAGUUGCAGUCCCACGCCGUGCAUGCUCCGGGUGGGCGGGGGCGGCCUGCGCCUCCACGGGACGCAGGUCGCUCUUGUGCUUUAAUUAUCUAAGAUGUAAUCGUAAUACAGAUUUCUGA